AUGUACAGCAGCUUACAUUACUUCAUUGCAAGCAUACCAGAAAAAGUGUACAGGUUUGAUCUUGUUAUGUAUCAUGACUUGUUAGCCAUGAUAUUUGCAGUUGAGGAAAUAAACCAGGACCACUUUUUGUUGGGCAAUAAAACACUGGGCUUCAAAGUUUAUGAUGCCUGCUAUACAGAAGCUCGUGCCAUUGAAAGUAUUUUUACUUUUUUAUCUGGACUAAAACAACUGAUACCAAACUAUAUCUGUAAAGCCAAUCCUAUUGUUGCUGGCAUUAUAGGAGACUGGGCUUCCUCAUCUUCCCUUCCUAUUGCUAGAAUAUUAGGAAUUUAUAGGUUUCCACAGAUCAGUCAUGGAGCUGGGCUUCCAGUUCUGAGUGACAAGCUUCAGUUCCCAUCAUUUCUCCGAACUGUUCCAAGUGCUUAUUAUCAGCCAUUUGGCCUGGCCCAGUUUAUUGUUCACUAUGGCUGGACAUGGGUGGGCCUGGUGGCUACAGAUAAUGACUUUGGGAUUCAGGGAAGUCAACAACUCAAGGAAGAACUAAUAAAAGUGAGAGUAUGCCUGGCAUAUUAUGAAGUCAUUCCAACUCAAAUUCCCAAAUCGAGGGCGGUCUCUCUUGUUCACACCAUCAAGAAGUCAUCAGCAACAGUUGUAGUAAUUUAUGCAUUCACAGCACAGGUGAUUUCUCUGAUGGAGGAGAUUCUACAACACAAUAUUACUGGCAAAGUUUGGAUUGCAAGUUCUAGUUGGGCAUUCUCUGAUGCCUUUUCAAAAAAGGAGUUGUGGAAAGCACUACAUGGGACACUGGCUUUUACAUUUUACAGUGGCAACAUCCCUGGUUUUAAAGAAUUCCUUUAUACACUGUCUCCCUCCAGAUAUCCCAAUGACAAUUUUAUUAAAGAAUUGUGGGAAACUGCUUUUGGCUGCAAGUGGCCAGUGAAUGGAAGUGCUGAAAUACUGUCUACAGAAAAUAAAAAUGCAAAAAGUAGCUUUUGUACUGGCAAAGAAAGCCUGGAAUCCCUUGAUGCUGCAGUGUAUCAGACUGAAAAGUUUCGUUGUACCUACACAAUGCACAAUGCAGUGUAUACUCUGGCAUUUGCAUUGCAUAAUUUACAAUCAUGCAGCCAUGGGGAAGGACCAUUUGCUAAUAAAAGUUGCACAAACAAGAAUAAUUUUCAGUUAUGGCAGCUUCUUCAUUAUGUAAGGAAAGUACAUUUUCAGAAUAAAAGUGGCCAAAAAGUGUUUUAUGAUGAAAAUGGAGACGUGCCACCUUUAUUUGAUUUCAUAAACUGGCAGUUGACUGCAGAGAACUCUAUGAGUUUUUUUAAAGUCGGAAGCUACAAACCAAGUUCCAGCCAACAUCCAGAGCUCAGCAUGAAUGACUCUGCUAUUGUAUGGAGUGGAGGACAUAAAAAGAUACCAAAAUCAUUUUGCAGUGACAGUUGUUCUGCAGGUUUCAGAAAAGUACCCCUCCAGGGUGAACCAGUCUGCUGUUUUGGUUGUGCUCCAUGUCCAGAAGGCGAGAUCUCUAACUUUUCAGAAACAGGUGACUGUGUCAAGUGCCCUGAAAAUUAUUGGUCCAACUCCCAGAAAGAUGUCUGCAUUCCGAAGUAUAUGGAGUUCCUUUCAUAUGAAGAACCCUUGGGUGCAUCAUUGGCUACAAUUAGCACAGUUCUUUCUCUUGUCCCUUUGGCUGCUUUAUGCAUCUUUGUCAGACAUCAUGAUACUCCAGUUGUCAAGGCCAACAACCGUGAAGUCAGUUAUUUUCUUCUUCUCAGUAUGGUGUUGUGUUUCCUCUGUGCCCUUCUUUUUAUUGGACGCCCAAGAAAUGAAAACUGCAUUUUCCGCCAAACUGCUUUUGGUGUAUUCUUUACUCUAUGUGUUUCCUCAGUAUUGGCUAAAACUAUUACAGUGGUCAUUGCCUUCAAAGCUACAAAACCAGGCAGCAAACUGCAAAAAUGGAUGGCGUCCAGAACUUCUUUUUUGAUAAUUAUUUUUUGCUCAUUGUUGCAGGUCGUUGUAUGUGUAGCUUGGUUGAUAAUAUCUCCACCUUUUGUAGAUAUCAACAGGAGCUUUUCAUGGAAGCUUAUUGUUGAGUGUAAUGAAGGUUCAUUAGCAAUGUUUUAUUGCAUGUUGGGGUACUUUGGAUUUUUAGCCAUCAUUAGUUUUGUAGCUGCCUUCUUAGCCAGAAAUCUGCCAGAUAGUUUCAAUGAAGCCAGAUAUAUUACAUUUAGCAUGAUUGUUUUUGUAAGUGUAUGGUUGUCAUUUGUUCCUGCCUAUCUAAGCACAAAGGGAAAGUAUAUGGUUGCAGUAGAGAUUUUUGCCAUAAUUUCUUCCAAUGCAGGGCUGUUCAUUUGUAUUUUUUCUCCAAAGUGUUACAUUAUUCUGCUGAGACCAGAGAAGAACAGCCGAGAAUAUUUAAGAGAUCAAAAAUAUGUGGAAAAAAAAUCUGGACAUUUGAGUGGUAUGGUGGCUUUUGCUUCACACCACUAUGGCUACAUCUCUGUUAUUGUUGGGUUAUUGUCAAAGUCUAUUUCUAACUCUAUUUUAUUACCUAGUUAUAUGGCUUGGGAUCCACUGGUCAUUGCCUUCUUUUGCUUAUAA